GGCACAGUAUCAGCGAGUUCUGCUCGACUAUAGAUCAUCAUCUCUGGCUGCUGUGUGUGAGGAGGAGGAUGAUGAUGGGUUCAGUGUGACAGUCAGAGCUGUAAGAUGCAGAAGAGCGUGCGUUAUAAUGAAGGACACGCGCUUUUUCUGUCCAUGCUCGCGCGUAAAGAGGGAAUCAAACGCGGGUACUUGAGUAAAAAAGCCGCAGGAGAAAAACAAACUGGCCGCUGGAACGAGAAGUACUUCGCGCUGCACCAGAGAAUGUGCUGCUUUUACUUUGAUAACGAGCAGAGCACCAGACCCUCGGGGAUUUAUUUGCUGGAGGGAUGCACCUGCGAGAGGAUCCCGGCUCCCAAAGUGUCCACCGCUGGGAAAGAGAGUUCAGAUAAACAGCAGUAUUACUUCCUGGUGAUUUUCGGCCACGAUGGGCAGAAACCUCUGGAGCUGCGGACAGAAGAGGAUGCUGAUUGUAAUGAGUGGGUGGAGGCCAUUCAUCAGGCCAGUUAUUCAGACCUCAUCAUCGAGCGGGAAGUUCUCAUGCAGAAAUACAUCCAUCUGGUGCAGAUCAUGGAGACGGAAAAGGUGGCGGCAAAUCAGCUGCGGACGCAACUGGAAGACCAGGAUACAGAGAUCGAGAGACUAAAGGCAGAGAUUCUUGUUCUGAAUAAAACGAAAGAGCGAAUGUUGCCCUUUCAGUCCAAUCAAGAGGAAGAAGAUCCAGAUAUCAAGAAAAUCAAGAAGGUGCAAAGCUUCAUGCGUGGUUGGCUGUGCAGAAGGAAGUGGAAGAUCAUUGUGCAGGACUACAUUUGCUCACCACACGCCGAGAGCAUGAGAAAGAGAAACCAGAUCGUCUUUAACAUGGUGGAGGCCGAGACGGAGUACGUGCUCCAGCUCUCUAUCCUGGUCAACUGCUUCCUGCGGCCGCUCAGGAUGGCGGCCAGCUCCAAAAAACCCCCCAUUAGUCAUGACGAUGUCAGCAGCAUCUUCCUCAAUAGUGAGACGAUAAUGUUUCUCCAUGAGAUAUUCCAUCAAGGCUUGAAGGCUCGGAUAGCCAACUGGCCAACAUUAGUUUUAGCGGAUCUCUUUGACAUCUUGCUGCCGAUGCUGAACAUUUAUCAGGAGUUUGUGCGAAACCAUCAGUACAGUUUGCAGGUUCUGGCCAACUGUAAACAGAACCGGGACUUUGACAAGCUUCUGAAACAGUAUGAAGCAAACGCUUCCUGUGAGGGCCGAAUGCUGGAAACCUUCCUCACCUACCCCAUGUUUCAGAUUCCACGAUACAUCAUCACCCUUCAUGAGCUUCUCGCUCACACGCCUCAUGAACAUGUGGAGCGCAAGAGCCUGGAAUUUGCCAAAUCCAAACUCGAGGAACUGUCCAAAAUGAUGCACGAUGAAGUGAGUGACACAGAAAACAUCCGUAAGAAUCUGGCGAUCGAGAGAAUGAUUGUGGAGGGCUGUGAUAUUCUGCUAGACACCAGCCAGACAUUUGUACGGCAGGGCUCUCUGAUUCAGCUGCCCUCCGUGGAGAAGGGUAAACUGAGUAAGGUGCGUCUGGGCUCGCUGUCGCUCAGGAAAGAAGGCGAACGCCAGUGUUUUCUGUUCACCAAACACUUCCUCAUCUGCACACGCACCUCUGGCGGCAAACUGCACCUGCUCAAACAAGGAGGCACGUUGUCUCUGAUAGAGUGCACGCUUAUCGAGGAGCUGGAUGCCAGUGAUGAAGACUAUAAUGCUGCUGGUCAGGGACUCAAUCACCUGGAGUUUAAAAUAGUAGUCGAACCUGCUGAUGGUCCGUCAUUUUCAGUGGUUCUGCUCGCUCCGUCUCGGCAGGAGAAAGCAGCCUGGACCAGCGACAUGAGCCAGUGCAUUGACAACAUUCGCUGCAAUGGCUUGAUGACCAGCGUGUUUGAGGACAACUCCAAAGUCACUGUGCCACACAUGAUCAAGUCUGACGCCCGACUGCACAAAGACGAUGUGGACAUCUGCUUCAGUAAGACGCUGAACUCCUGCAAAGUGCCACAGAUCCGUUACGCCAGCGUGGAGAGACUCCUGGAACGACUGACCGACCUGCGCUUCCUGUCCAUCGACUUCCUCAACACCUUCCUCCACACCUACCGCAUCUUCACCACCGCUGCUGUCGUGAUGGACAAACUGGCCGACAUCUACAAGAAACCCUUCACGUCUAUACCUGUCAGGUCCCUUGAGCUUUUCUUCGCUACCAACCAAGGCACCUGGAGUGGAGAGCACCUGAACAACAAAUCCCCACGGCUCUCUCGCAAGUUCUCCUCUCCUCCGCCCGUCUCCAUCCCCUCACGCACCUCUUCCCCCAUCCACCCCCGGAAGCUGUCCCUCAGCUCUCCUGUGAGCUCUAAGGGUGGCGCGUUGGAUCUGUCGACGGCAUCUUUCUCUGCGGCCGGCAGCCCGACGUCUCCCUACAACCCCCUCGUCACCUCCCCUCCACCCACCUGCACCAAGGCCCCUCUGGACCUCAGCCGGGGCCCCAGCUCUCCAGAGCUCAGCCCCUCCACCCCAGAGGAGGGCGGGGAGCUGCCUCGUAUAGACGCCUUCUGCGGGAAGCUGCGACGGAGUAUUCGACGAGCUGUACUGGAGUCGGUAUCAUUGGAUAAGUUCAUUCCUGAGACGCCCACGUCCAGUGAUUCUGGAGACAUGUCUCCGUGCCAUUCACCGUCCACCCCGCGACACCUCCGCUACCGACCACCUACAGGUCAGUCUCCCGAUGGCUCCCGCUGUGCCAUGUCCCCCGCGUCCGCUUUGGCAUUUGCAACGGCGGAGGUUGGAAAAGGAGGCCGCAAGAAUUCUCCUACUGUCUCUCAUUCAGGAUUUACCAACCCUGAGAAAUCGUAUGAUAAGGAGUUCCUCAUCCGCAGGGCCGCCACCAACAGGGUGCUCAACGUCCUGCGCCACUGGGUUUCCAAACACUCGCAGGACUUUGAGAUGAACGCAGAGCUGACGACGGCUGUGAUCGCUCUGCUGGAGGAGGUGCUGCGAGAUCCAGAUCUUCUGCCGCAGGAGAGGAAGGCCGCAGCUAAUAUACUGAGUGCGCUUUCUCAAGAAGAGCAAGAUGAUUCACAGUUGAAGAUUGAGGAUAUUGUGCACAUGUCCGACUGUGCGAGAGUCGAAUCCUUUGAGUCGCUGUCAGCGAUGGAACUAGCAGAACAAAUCACUCUACUGGACCAUAUUGUGUUCCGGAACAUUCCAUAUGAGGAGUUUCUUGGUCAAGGCUGGAUGAAAAUGGACAAAAAUGAAAGGACUCCAUACAUUAUGAAGACCAGUCAGCACUUCAAUGAUAUGAGUAAUCUGGUGGCGUCUCAGAUCAUGGCUCAUGCAGACGUGUGAAAGUGGCUGGCAGUGGCUGAUAUAUGCCGCUGUCUUAACAACUACAACGGCGUCUUGGAGAUCACAUCCGCACUGAACCGCAGCGCCAUCUACAGGUUAAAGAAGACUUGGGUCAAGGUUUGCAAACAGACCAAGGCGCUUAUGGACAGACUGCAGAAGAUAGUUUCAUCUGAAGGGAGGUUUAAGAACCUGAGGGAAACUCUGAAAAACUGUAACCCUCCGUGUGUGCCCUAUCUGGGCAUGUACCUGACGGAUUUGGCGUUUAUCGAGGAAGGAACGCCAAACUUCACAGAGGAGGGUCUCGUCAACUUCUCUAAAAUGAGGAUGAUCUCACACAUAAUACGAGAGAUCCGACAGUUUCAGCAGGCGCCCUACAGGAUAGAUCUGCAACCCAAGGUAACACAGUUCCUCCUCGAUAAGACUCUUGUAAUGGACGAGGACACACUUUAUGAAUUAUCUCUUAAGAUUGAGCCUAGACUCCCUCCUGCCAAUUAAACCUGAUGAUAAUGUUUACACCAGACUCAGAUUUAAAGUAAGAAACCUUUUACAGUCAGUUUGUGGGAAUCUAAACUUACAUCUGAACUGAAGUCUGUCCACUAUAGAAACGACAACCUAUCCAUAUAUUUACUUCAUUCCAUGUAAUUUUGUGUCAUAAUUAUUCUUUUUUUUUUUUUUGCUGUAAACUCAGGUUUAAAUGUGCCUUUUUGUAAAAUAUUAUGUACAGUUAUAAUAUUUCAUAGAACUUAUUUCUAUCAUGAUGCAUUUUAAUAACAAUUUGAUAAUCUUUGUUUUUACCUGAAUGCAAAAUAUCAGUUCCAUUUUUAAAGUUUGAUCAUUCCCUUACUAUAAUCAGAAUCAUAUUUGUAUGCUUGCAAACGUCUGUUCAGAUGUCAAGAAAUGAACUGUUGAUGUUCAUUGGUCCAAUUUUGACAAGCAAGUUUCUCAAUCCCUCCUCCAUUAUAAUCUGCCCACAUGUAUGAGACUCAUGUCAAUACUUUGAUCCACUGGAGUUUGCUGAAAUGUCAAAGUGUAACCAAGCAUGUUUACAGUUUAUCAAAAGAAAUAUGUUUAUACGCUUUUGUUAUAUGUUAAUAUUAGGUAUCAUCUGUUUACACAGCAGGUCAGCUGCAUUUUGCCACGAGGCUGCAUUUGCUCAUUUAGCAUGUUUUUGUUUGAAGAAAUGUUUGAUGUUUUUGGCAUGUGUUUGCAUGAAUCUCUACUUAGUCAUAUUCUUAAUUAAUAUUUUUAUUUUUUGUCUCUAACUUUUGGCUUAACAAUAGCUAUUUAUAUUAUUCAAAGCAUUUGAUACAUAUAUUCUACACUUAGACACCCUUCAAAAAAAAUUUGAUGGUAAUGCCAAAGUAAUUUUGUACUGAUUUAUUACCAUAUCCAUGUACUAUGGUAUUUACAUGGCACUCCACGCUAUGGUACCAUACCAUGUCCAGAAAAGAUACUUUCUGGUUAAUGCAGAAGAAGUGGUUUAUUGUUGAUUUUAAUAUGGGCAGGGAAUCAUUCACCAGUUUACAGUUUUUGGUUGUUUUCUUAAAGUUUACUCCACCCAGCUGUACUGUGACAGUAUUACAUUUUACACAGUGUUUCAGAGUUUCUACGUGUGCAUUUAAGUCUGUUUUGUACAAAGAGAAAUAGAGUAUUGUUGUUUAAAUCAAACAUGGGUUCAGCAGAAUGUGUGCAGUGUCCUGUUUAUUUAUUAGGGUAUAUAUAUUAUUUUAACUUGUAUUUGGAAAAAGUAGUUUAGUAAACAUUAGGCAGCCCUGCUUGGUUGUUAUUUUUUUCAAAUAAUGCUGUCAACCAAUGCACACUUCCUAAAGGAGUGUCUUUACCUCUUUUCAUAAAUGAAUUCACAUCUUUUUUCAGUCAUUGACAUAAAUGUGCUGUACAUCUAUCCAUGAUGUAGCUGUAACUAAUGAAAUAAACAGUUUUUUUGUCUUA